CUUCUCAUUUGGUUUCUCUCUCUGCGCUCCAGCCAGUCGUCCUGGUCCUGCUUGGAGAGACACGACGGCAUCAGCAGCACGGAUUCCGGGGGAAGCACCAUGCGUCUGCGGCUGAAAGGAGGACCACCGGAGCCUCGCGUUAUUAUGUCCCUUUCUUAUUUUUGAGUUUUUUUUUUUUUUACCAAAUCUCUGACGCGCAAGGACACUACAGCAUCCAUCCUUACCGGCAGAAACGCUCACAUAGAGCCUCCUCUGUACGCACCAUCCUCCUCAUUCCUCCCUUCCUCCCACUCUCCUCUCUCCUCUCUCCUGUUUCUGUUCUAACUCAGAGGACAUCGGGACCUCUUCUCCCCCCUUUCAACCCGGAGACAUGGAUCUAUGGUUUCACUCGAUCCGGAUUUGCUGGUGGAGGGUUUUGUUCCUGAUGAGUGUUUUCCAGGACUAUCUGAGCUCCAUGCUGGACUGCCCGCCGACCUGCAGCUGCUCUCAAAUAGAGAUCUAUUGCAAUAAGUCCGACAACGGCAGGUUUUUCCCUUUACUGGCCCUGCAAGAAACUGGGAACAAUGGGACCAGUAUUGACAUAGCAGAGUUAUUCAAAAACAUCACCACUAUACACAUAGAGAACUGGACGGGCCUGCAGACUCUGAGAGACGUGGACAUGGAGCUUUACACCGGACUGCAGAGACUAACUAUCAUGAAUUGCAACCUGAAGACGAUCCAGCCGCGAGCGUUCGCUCAGAACCCACACCUACGCUACAUAGACUUGUCAAAGAAUCCUCUCAGCACUCUGUCGUGGCAGCUCUUCCAACACCUGCAAAUCUCCGAGCUGCGCCUGGAGAGCGUGGUGUUUGAGUGCGGCUGUGACAUCCGCUGGGUCCAGCUGUGGCAGCAGAGAGGAGACGCCGCGCUGCACACUCAGCAGCUGUACUGCAAGAACGGAGCCUCCAAGAUACGCCUGCACAACAUGUACAUCCACAACUGUGACCUGCCAGAGAUCAGUGUGAGCCACAGCAGUUUGUUGGUGAUGGAGGGAGACAACGUGACGGUGAGCUGCAACGGAUCGGGAGCGCCGCUGCCCGAAGUGGACUGGACCGUCAGCGAUCUGCACUCCAUCAACACACACCUGUCUAAUGUGUACUGGCCGAACAUCCACUCCAUCAACCUGACUCUGUUCAACAUCAGCCGGGAAGACAACAACUUCCAGCUGACAUGCAUCGCAGAGAACGUGGUGGGAAUGAGCAACUCCUCCAUCCAGCUCAACGUGCAAUUUCCUCCACUCAUCGUGAGACUGGCAGAGCCCGAGAAGCGCCACGACACCUGCAUCGAGUUCACGGUGCGGGGCUACCCACACCCGAAGCUGCGCUGGUUCUACAAGAAAAAGGAGAUUGUUGAGAACGAUUACAUCCGCACUGAGCUGGACUUCUACCAGGACUAUCUGGAGGGUUGUCUGAUCUUCAAGAACCCGACGCACCUCAACAAUGGAAACUACACUCUCGAAGCCAGCAACCGUUUGGGAACGGUCACCAAGUCGGUGAAUGGUCGCUUCCUCUUUGCCCCGGAUAUAGACGAUGUAGUGGAAAUAGUGCCGCCGUCAGAAGGAGAUGCGGGCCGACCAGAUGAAGACACAUUUGGGGUUUCCAUCGCUGUGGGUUUGGCGGGCUUCGCUUGUGUCCUCCUUCUCGUCCUUUUUGUUCUCAUCAACAAAUACGGCCGGCGCUCCAAAUUCGGUAUGAAAGGUCCAGUGGCUGUGAUCAGUGGUGAGGAAGACUCUGCCAGCCCUCUUCAUCAUGUCAACCAUGGGAUUAUUACCCCCUGCACUCUGGACGCAGGUCCUGAUGCCGUCGUUAUAGGAAUGACUCGUAUUCCCGUGGUGGAAAAUCCUCAAUACUUCAGACACGGACACAACUGCAACAAGCCGAGCACCCUGGUCCAGCAUAUAAAGCGCAGAGACAUCAUCCUGAAGAGGGAGUUGGGUGAGGGAGCAUUCGGGAAAGUCUUCCUGGCAGAGUGUUACAACCUCUGCCCCACCAAGGACAAGAUGCUGGUGGCUGUCAAGACAUUGAAGGAUCCCAAUCUGUCGGCGAGAAAGGACUUCCAGAGGGAGGCGGAGCUGCUGACCAACCUGCAGCACGACCACAUCGUUAAAUUCUACGGAGUGUGUGUCGACGGAGACCCUCUCAUCAUGGUGUUCGAGUACAUGAAGCAUGGAGACCUCAACAAAUUCCUCAGAGCCCACGGUCCGGACGCCAUGAUCCUGGUGGACGGCCAGCCGCUGCAGUCCAACGGGGAGCUGGGUCUGUCUCAGAUGCUGCACAUCGCCACGCAGAUCGCCUCGGGCAUGGUUUACCUGGGGUCGCAGCACUUUGUGCACAGAGACCUGGCAACACGCAACUGCCUGGUGGGCAACGGCCUGCUGGUGAAGAUCGGAGACUUCGGCAUGUCCCGGGACAUCUACAGCAGCGACUACUACAGGCGUGGCAGCUGGGCGGGGGCGGACCUCGCUGGGGGAAACGGCAGCAGUUAUGAAGCACUUGCCUGCUGGGUCGGAGGACACACCAUGCUACCUAUCCGCUGGAUGCCCCCAGAGAGCAUCAUGUACAGGAAAUUCUCCACGGAAAGCGACGUCUGGAGCUUUGGAGUCAUCUUGUGGGAGAUCUUCACCUAUGGGAAGCAGCCUUGGUUUCAGCUGGGCAACAACGAGGUUAUUGAAUGCAUAACCCAGGGUCGGGUGCUGGAUCGGCCACGGAUUUGUCCCAAGGAGGUUUACGACAUCAUGCUGGGCUGCUGGCAGAGGGAACCGCAGCAGCGACUGAACGUUAAGGACAUUCAGAAGGUCCUGUUCGCCAUGGGGAAAGCCACGCCGGUGUACCUGGACAUCCUGGGCUAGCAUCGGCCCAAGAACGACUCACGCGAAUCCAGGAAUAACCAAACCAACCAACCUACUCCACUGUCGAACAACACCUACAAUGUUUGGGAAGGACUUAAGUGCCUGCAACACUUUUGGAUAUAGUGGAUAAAACAUAUUCAAAAAACACGCACUUUUACAUUUUGUUUACUUCCGUAUAAGAUGUACAGGUUCGAAGAAGACUUCUUUUUUCUUUUUUUCCCCGAAAAACUGCAAAAAUACACAAAAAUGGAGAUGGGAGUGGACUGGCAAUAGGAACAAGGCCACUGUUUGAUUAUAUUAUGGAGAGGACACACAUCAGAAUUAAAAUCUAUCCUGGGUUUGGUUUUAUGAAUAUAUAUAGAAAUAUUACAUAUAUUUUAUAUUUAUUUCUUUUUGUCAGGGUUGAAGUGUCUGCCAAUAGUGUUGCAUUAAGGGCUCGGCCCUGUCCCAAGACGUCACCGACAAACUAUUUGGCGAUUGGACGAUGGCAGCCUUACUUGCACUCUGAUUGGCUGGCUUUGACGUUUCAAUGGGAACUCUUCGUAUGUGGAAUAACACUGGAUGGUUGAAAAAAUCAAAAAGGAGCGCUCUUUAGAGGACCUACCCAAUCAGACAACCGACAAAUCUAUUUUAAUUUAAAAAUAAUGUACAUAUUGUAAAAUUCUAUGUGUCAAAAUUAUGUUAACUUAUUUUUUUCGGGUGUUAUUUUGGUUAUUUUUCUGACUGUGAUCUGGGUGGCUAAAGUAUAAAGCUAUGGUAUUUGUUUUCAUCCUAACCUAGAGGCGAUUUCUCUUGGGAUGUACCUGUGUUGGUGCUGGUAAGUUGUCUUCUGUGGUAAAGCUGAAGGGCAGUUUGAAAAAUCAGCUGACUGCGAAUCACAGAGACUCUGAGCCAUCGACACGACACUUUUCCAAAGAGGUGAUGAAGCCUCUUGAUCACUUCCCAGUUCAUAUGCUUUUUAUGGAAAGAAUAAUGUGUUGAAAAGUAAAAUCCUACACCACAUCCUUCACAUACAUUCACACGCUUUGAGAAACUGUCCUGUCACUUUUAGGCGUUUUGGUGUGAAACUGCUUCUCCACGCUUAAGAAAACACUUUUUGUAAUUGAAAAUGAAUGAAAAGUUAUUUCCUUUCUUGCUGAGAAUUUGAUAAGAUCAAUACCACUAUUGUUUCAGUGUGAUCAAGAUUUAGCUGAGGAGAUGUUAGCUUAGCAUCAAGCCUGAAAAAGGGGAGUUAGCUAAGAAUUAGCAUGCCUGUCUUUAUCCAUAGGUAACAAAAACCACCUACCUGUAAAUGUUAUUUCAUAAUUUCUACGUUACGUCGUCCUCGUAUCAUUACCUGAUGCUAAGCUAAGCUAAUCUUAUGCUUGGCUAAGCUAACCAGAUAGCCUUUAAUUUACCGUACAGACACAAGAGUGGUAUCAAUCUUCUCGUCCACCUGUUGGCAAGAAGACAUGUGUGCUCAUUUCCCAAUAUCUCAUUAAAAAAACCUUUGAGGUUAAUACCAAGAGGAUCCUGUCACUUCACAAGAGAGAAAAUAAACAAAAUGGCUGCUUAACACCCUGAGACCCACUGGGCCGUAUACGAUCCCAAAUAUCAAGCCGUCUUCAAAGCAUAACUCAUGAACAGAAGAAGUUAGAAGCUUCUUAUCACUUCUGGCACAAUCCCAACAAAUGUGUGACAUUUUUUGUGUUGAAUGUUUUUUGCAAUAUUAUGGUUCGAAGUUCUGUUUUAAUAAAAUAAGUUAAAGAUU